AUGUACUUGGUUAUAAGCUUAACCGUGGCGGAUAUGUUGGUUGGAGUCCCAUCCGGGGAUUUUUUUCAAUUUGUUCUCGACCGGCGAUGUCGCCUUGUAAAGUUGAAUUUAUCCUGGGAAGUUUCAAUUUCAUUAAGUAGUUUUAAUUAUUUCUUUGCCCUUGUCUCCCUGACAAACAUUGCUGUGAUUUCUUUAGAGCGAUUUCACGCCACGUUUCGUCCAUUUAGGCAUCGACUUAUCAAGAGAUGGGUCUACGUGGUGGCAAUUGUUGUUGUCUGGGUUUUUUCCUGUAAUUGUUUCAGUCAUUUGGGUGACAGAGUUGCUUUAUUUCAUUGGAUAUCACCUUUACAUACUGGAAUCCUACUGUCUUUUGUGUUUAAUUGUUACCUUCAUUUCUUACACGUCCAUUCUGUUUAAGUUUCGUUUCGGAGCUCAUCCCCAGCGCCAUUGUGCAGAUUGUGCAGCUGCUUUAAGACAAAGAAAACUAACUGUCACAUUGUUUAUAACAACUUUAGUAUCUUUACUGUUGUGGCUACCAUACAAUAUUUUUCUUUUUGUUGACUGGUCAACUGAUAUUCUCAAUUCCCUUUCUUUCAAAGAAUAUUUUGAUUUGAUUUAUUCAUUGAGUUUUUUCUUUUCUGCAAACUCCCUUGUAAAUCCCAUUUUAUACACAAUCAGGAUGCUAGACUUUAAAAGAGCUCUGCUCUCAUGGUUUAGACGUCAUCAAAGAGAAAAUGUUGCUAUCCCGCUAAAUCGUUACUAA